CAAACGUAAUAAUCCGAAUCUUUUUAUAGAUUAAUUACAAAAAAAUCCUCCAAAUUCAAUUUAAUACCCUACUAUCAAUUUUAUCGUUUUUAUUUGUUAUUUUCAUAUGUUUAUAUUCAAAACUUUCAACACAUAUUAUGUUAGUGUCCAAAACAACGUCGUUGUUAACAGACCAAGAGAUUAUUAGCAUAAAUAAAAUGAGCAUUUUUUUUUCAGUCGCUUGGAAGGUUCAACGCAUUACUCGCUGUACUCCCAACUUCUCUCUGUUUGUUUUACCAAUUCUAUCACAAACUCGAACUAACAAAACCAAAGAACAUUCAUCUCUGCACGUUUUGGCUCUGCUUGCUUCCAACAACCUAAAUCUUCAUCUUCUUCCUCCUCUAUCUCAACCAUUUUUAUACACCAAAACCCACCUUCAGUCUCUCCUCCACAACCCCCUCAUCUGAGUUAAACCGCCGCAUUAUUGAUCAUACUGCCAAUUCCUUGGCUAUGAUCAUUAAUGCUCCUCCAUCACCUCUGCCAUAGACGCUGCCUCGAGAUAUAUACUAGACUAACCACAUUGUAUAGAUAAUGGGGAGAGUGACAAAUGGUGCAUCAUCAAAUGUUCCUUUACAGCUCUCCCCCCUCUCCUUUCUUUUCCUUCUCUUCCUUUUCACAUUCUUCAGCAAUCUCAUAAACAAUGUCUCCGCCAAAGGCCAUGCCAAUUCUUCGGCUACAUUGACAUUCACACCUUCUGAUAACUUCCUCAUCGACUGUGGCGCUCCGCAAGAAGCCAAGCUCCCUGAUGGCAGGACAUUCAAAUCAGACCGCGAAACGGCUGACCUCUUGUCCACAAAUGAGGACUUUAAGGCUUCAGCUGACUCCAUCAAUGCCAAUGUCUCUUCAUCUGUUCCACCGGAUGCAAUAGUUCUAUUUAAAACGGCGAGGAUCUUCUCCGAGGAAUCCAUGUAUACAUUCCACAUUAACAAGCCCGGCCGCCAUUGGAUUCGCCUCUACUUCUAUCCUCUCCCACACCAGACAUACAACCUUUCCGACGCAGUUUUCUCAGUGGACACAGACAAGUAUGUUCUCUUGCAUGACUUUUCUGCCUCGGACAAAGCCACAUUGGUGUUCAAAGAAUACCUUCUCAAUGUCUCUGACAACAGAUUCUCUCUCCAUUUCCGACCAAAGAAGCACUCCUUUGCUUUUGUCAAUGCCAUUGAGGUUGUCUCUGCUCCAGACUCUAUUUUCAAUGACUCUGCCACCACUGUUCCCGUAGCCGGAGACUUCAGCGGCUUGCAAAACUACGCUUUCCAAGUCCGGUACCGGCUAAAUGUGGGAGGGCCAUUGGUAUCACCUCAAAAUGACACAUUGUCAAGGACUUGGGAGCCAGACACUCCAUACAAUGCAUUUCCUCAGGGCUCUCAAAACGUGUCAGUUGCUCCGAAAAUCGUCAAGUAUCUGAAGAGAGGAGAUGCCUCCUUGAUUGCCCCGAAUUCGGUCUAUGCAACUGCUCAGCACAUGCAGGAUUCUUUCACAAGCAACCAGAAUUUCAACCUCAGUUGGAAGCUUAGUGUUGAGGAGGACUUUUCCUACUUGAUCAGGUUACAUUUCUGCGACAUUGUGAGCAAGACCCUUGAUAACUUGUACUUCAAUGUAUACAUUAAUGGCAUGAUGGCUGUCUCCAAUCUUGAUCUCUCUUCACUCACCGGCGCGCUAUCCACUGCUUUUUACAAAGAUUUCGUGCUCAAUUCCACAGCGGUCUCCACCUCAAAUAACACCAUCAACAUUCAGAUUGGUCCUGGCACUACUCAGUCCGGGACUCAUGAUGGACUGCUUAAUGGAGUGGAGGUCUUGAAAUUGAGCAAUGUAGCAGAAAGCUUGGAUGGAUUUUUCGCCGUUGAUGGGAAGUACAAGGGUCCGGUGAAAUCAUCAAACAAAAUGAAGAUAGUUGCGGGUGUGGGAUUGGGAAUGGGAGUGACGGCAAUGUUCUUAGUUGGCGUUGUUUAUAUAAGGUGGAAAAGGAGACCUCAAGGUUGGGAAAAGAAAGAUAGCUUCUCAUCAUGGUUGCUUCCUAUACAUUCCGGUAACUCUAGCUUGUUCUCCAAGUCAAGUAAGUGUACUUCUAGAAGAUCAAGCAGCAUUUUCGGCUCACGCAAGAGCAAGAGUUACUCAACUUAUUUUUCUUCCACUUGCUACGGCCGGUCCUUCACUUUCGCUGAGUUACAAGCUGCAACUCAAAAUUGGGAUGAGAAGGAGGUGAUCGGUGUUGGGGGGUUCGGGAAAGUGUACCUUGGGGUGUUGGAAGAUGGUACUAAGCUUGCUAUCAAACGAGGGAACCCGAACUCUGAGCAAGGUAUUAAUGAGUUCAGAACAGAAAUGGACAUGCUCUCCAAGCUAAGACAUCGCCACCUUGUUUCACUGAUUGGAUUCUGUGAUGAGAAUAAUGAGAUGAUACUAGUGUAUGAGUACAUGGCUAAUGGACCCCUUCGAGACCACCUCUAUGGCUCGAACCUGCUUCCAUUGUCAUGGAAGCAAAGGCUCGAGGUUUGCAUUGGCGCUGCUCGUGGUUUGCAUUAUCUGCAUACUGGUGCAGCACAAGGCAUUAUCCAUCGUGAUGUCAAGACGACGAAUAUCCUCCUGGAUGAGAAUUUCGUUGCAAAAGUAGCUGACUUUGGACUGUCAAAAGCUGCUCCAUCGUUGGAACAAACCCAUGUCAGCACAGCCGUGAAGGGAAGUUUUGGUUAUCUUGAUCCUGAGUACUUCAGGAGGCAGCAGCUUACUGAGAAAUCCGAUGUGUAUUCCUUCGGCGUGGUUCUUUUUGAGGCAUUAUGUGCAAGGCCUGUUAUAUGCCCCACUCUACCAAGAGAGCAGGUGAGUUUGGCCGAGUGGGCAAUGCAAUGGCACAGGAAGGGCAUGAUUGAGAAGAUUGUUGACCCUCAAAUCGCUAGCUCCAUUAACACUGGUUCGCUGAAGAAGUAUGUAGAAGCUGCAGAGAAAUGCCUUGCGGAGUAUGGUGUGGAUAGGCCUGGCAUGGGAGAUGUGUUGUGGAACUUGGAGUAUGCUUUGCAGCUUCAAGAGACAGCCUCGCAGAUUGAUACUCGAGAAGACAAUACUUCGAGUCUCAUUUCUUUGGAUAAAGCAAGUGAGAAAGAUGACACAAACUCAAAGGAUGGCUCUGCACUUGGUGGUGCAGUGAGCGAGGAUUCUGUAGUCACAGCUGGUGGUUCUCCUUUGUUUGAUAAAGGGAAUGUCCAGGGGAGGUAACCGGGCACUUUUCCGAAUACACUAAAACUUUUUAAUUUUCUGGGGUUGGAGUUCUUUGCUCUCUGCAUUAGUUGUGUGAUUGAUUCAGUUAUGUUUAUGUACUACGUUCCCAGCUUUCUAAUUAGCUUGUAGAUAGGCCCUCUUGGUUGUUUAUAACCCUUCGGAUUGAGUUUUCAAUAGCAUUGUCUUGUGUUUUUGUACUUC